AUGGCCAGACCCUGUGACUUCCUGAUGAUCCUGGUGCUGAUGAGCUACUGGUCAACCUGCUCUCUGGGAUGUGACCUGCCUCAGACUGGCAACUUCAUGAACAAGACUCUCUUGAACUACCUGGUACCAAAGAAGCAAUCCUCCCGUCUUCUCUGUUUGAAGGAAAGAAAGGACUUUCUAUGUCCCCUGGAGGAGAUGGAUGCCCAGCAGAUCCCGAAGCCUCAACUGAUCCAGAUACUGUAUGACGUGAUCCACCAGAGCUGGAAUCUCUUCCGCUCAGAUGAGUCAUCUGCUGCAUGGAAGACAACCCUCCGAGAGAAAUUCUGUAAUAUCCUCUACCAGCAGCUUGAUGACCUGCAGUCCUGUCUGGAGCAGCAUGUGGGAGAAUACCCUGUGAAGAAAUAUUUCGAGAGGAUCACUGCCUACCUGAGAGAGAAGAAACACAGCCCCUGUGCUUGGAUGGUGGUCAGAGAUGAAGUCAGGAGAGCCUGGUCUUUCUCAGCCAGCUUGCUAAAAGGAUUGAACAAGGAGAAGGAGUAA